CGCUUCCAUUUAUGUUUCAUUAUACUCUCUCUUUCAUAAACAGAAACUAUACUCUCUAUCUCAAUCCACAAUCGCAAUGGAUGAUUUGAUGAAACAGAGCCUUCUCAAAAUCUUCAUCGUCUCUCUCAUUCUCACUCUCGUCUUCCUCACCUCACCAUCAUCAUCAUCAUCUCCGAAUCAAGAAACAAGAGUAUCUACUACUACACAAAAGAAAGAAACCUAUCUCAACGGCAACGAAUCACCGCACCAACUCGUCUACAUCAAGAAAACGAUACCGUUCAUCUUAAACCGGCGGUUGCAACGUGAUCAUCACCACCACCGUCGUCGUUACAAUCACCACUACUACUACUAUGAAUAUCGUCAUAGUCUUCGUCGCCGUGGUCUUCAUCAUCGUGCUGAUGACUACUUCAAGAUGAUGGCCAAGAAGAGUAACGGCUUAAACCAUCCGAUUCGACCGGAUGCAUUCUCGGUUAUGCUUCCCAAAGGAUUCGUACCUCCUUCCGGUUCAUCUCCAUGCCAUAACCAGAACCCUAAUUCCGCUACCACUCUCUUUUGCGAUCUUUCUACACAAACACAACCUUAGAGAUCGUUAACCGGUACGUGAAACGAUUUUGUUCCUCCCAUGGCACUUUUGUAAUUUUCAUUUCUUUUACAAACAUUA